UACAGCUAACAGCCUAUGUUCACUUUCUUUCAGAAAAUGCAUGCGUAUCCAGUUUUCCGUCGGCAGUCAGCCACAUCAGCCCGGCUCCUCAUGGCACCCACAAGGAGACACGGGCUGUUUGUUGUUGGAGUUUGGAGACUUUGAGGGCCGCUCUCUGAAAGAGGUGUACGAGGACCAGAGCCACGGGGCCCAGAAACUCGUCAGGUACGUGCUACAGUCAAAUGCACGGCCCAACACCAACAUGGCCCUUUUCAAGGCAUAUGUUUUGAAAAGACGGUCAGCUGAGGGUACCAGUACCAGGGAGCAUCAGCCAUCUCCAGCCUCCAGUGCCAGCGCCUCUUCUCCUGCCCCAUCACCUACCACCAUCCAAACGGGUCCACGGACGCCUGCCUCUGUAAAAGCUCUGCUGGCACGUGGCAAACACUUGCCUCCCUCACAGCUGGCCAAAAAACUUGUGUCACCUGUGAAACCCUCUCCAGCACCGCAAUUGUCUGGCUCCAGCACUGCACAUCGGCGCCCAGAACCCAUUCCCCAACAGUUGCGCUUCCUCUGUGGCCCUUCUGAGGCCGACGAUGAGGAACUUGUGCGUGCCACACAAGAGUGUGAGACACAGCUGCAAACAGCAGCCACCAUGCCUCCUCUAGCAGCCACCAUGCCUCCUCCAACAGCCGUCAUGCCUCCUCCAACAGCCGCCAUGCCUCCUCCAGUAGAAGUUGCUCAGCCACAGCCACCGGUGGAUCUCCCCUCUCACUGGAAGGACCAUCUUCCUCCCUUCCAACAGGAGUGGAUUCGCCACACACUGUUCAAGGCAAACCCAAAGACUGGGAAACCGGAGCUGGUGACCCAGCUGAAGCUGUGUGAAACUGAUGCGCUGGAACGAGGACAGAAUGAAGGACUCUGUUCAAGCACCCACUUCCAUGCGCACCUACGGCAGUGUUCUGCAGGAGGCCGUGGAUCGGCUCAGCCAAGCCGUUCUGGGAAAACGUUGGGAUGAGCAGUACCGCAGUCCUGGAGUCUACACAGGUGAAUUGUUGGCCAUGGAGUACCUGUACAGCCAGACUGGCAUAUCACUUACUCCAACGCUCCACAACCAAGAGGAGGAGGACCAGCUGGUGGAGGACAUUGAUGACGAGGACAUUGAGGACGAAGGCUUUGAGGAGGAGACAGAGGACAUCACAGUUCCUGUGCUGACUGACGAUGACCAUGACAUUGAAAGGAGGCCCUCAACCACAAGGCGUCGGGCACCUUCACCACCACCUCUACCAGAACUGCCGUCCACGUCCACGGGU